AUGUUCCAUCUGGCUCAAAGUCUUUACAGCUCGUACACGCGCAAAGACGAGUAUUCGGUGUUGAUUUUGGGACUAGAUAAUGCGGGCAAGACAACCUUCUUGGAACAGCUCAAGUCCAUCUAUGUCCCAAACUACAAAGAGCUACGGCCGGAGCGGAUUCUUCCUACCGUGGGUCAGAAUGUCGGCACAAUCCAAGUUCAUGGAACACUGCUGAAAUUCUGGGAUGUUGGGGGCCAAGACAGCCUCCGAGAAUUGUGGUCAGAAUAUUAUUCGAAUUCGCAUGCUAUUGUAUUUGUCAUUGAUUCGUGCGACAAGGAAAGACUGGUGGAAUGCUCAAACGUUCUGACCGGCGUGAUGAGCAACGAGCUAAUAGAAGGGCUGCCCAUAUUGAUGCUGGCCAACAAGCAGGAUAGAGAAGACGAGACCAAGCUGGAGCUCGUGGAUAUCAAAGAAAUAUUUAACCCGAUCGCAGAAAAUUUAAACGCAAGAGACUCAAGAGUGCUCCCAGUUAGCGCAAUAACUGGUGAGGGGGUUAAGGACGCUAUAGAAUGGCUGCACACAAGGCUAAUUCGCAACAAGAUGAACCGUCCCCCAAAGAAACAUUGA